AAAGUCGCGACCACGAAAUGUCAAAAACUCCCGGCGCGUUUCUCUGCGUGCCCGGUCACCCAGAUAGUGACGAGUCAUCGUUCACAAAAGACGUAGUUCGCACAGCGCGACAUUGUACGCCUUAGACAUUGGCCUUUGUAACCAGAGCGAGAGUGGCCGUGAAUGGCGGCGGGUAGAGCCAGCUACACCGUCGUGGUUGCAGUUGUAGUAGCAGUCGUAGCUUUCUACGGCCUCCCUGCAAUGGGGUUGUCCCGUGUGUUGCUGGGCGUGGCUGGGGUUGCUGCGGGGGCAGCCAUCUUGUGCAACCUGCCAACCAACCCAUUUUUACCGACGCCAGUGAAAGCAACACUGCCAUACUUGUCUGGGAUCACUCUGAAGACAAUAGAAGAGAAACCACGAGAAUUCCAGGCCAAAGCAUUGUGGGAGAAAAGAGGUGCAGUCAUAAUGGCAGUGCGGCGACCCGGAUGACCUUUGUGUCGGGAGGAGGCCAAAGGGCUGUCCUCCCUCAAGACGGAGCUUGAUGCCCAAGGAGUGGCUCUGCAUGCUGUUGUGCAUGAGACCCUUGGAGUCAAAGAGUUCCGACCCUUUUUCAAAGGCGAUGUCUUCCUGGACAAGGAGCGCAAGUUUUAUGGUCCAACAGAGCGAUGGAUGUUGUUUUCGGCAUUACUAAGAGCUAAAGUGUGGAUGAACAUUAUUUCCAACCGACAGAGCGGGGUGAAAGGCAACAUGAUUGGUGAAGGAAGAAUUCUAGGAGGAGUGUUCGUGGUUGGCCCAGGAGAACAAGGAAUAUUGUUCGAACACAGGGAGAAAGAAUUUGGAGAUUAUGCUAACCUUACAGAAGUAAUGGAUGCAGUAAAGCAAAUUAAGCAAUAAACAUUUUGUUAUUUCAGUGGACAUUGAAUUUGUAUGUGUGAGAAGUGUAUUUUAAGACUAUAUCAAGCGAUAUAUAACAUGGGUGAGUCUUAUCACCACCAACCAUCUCAUCAGCUGUUGCACGGUCAUGGAAUGAAGUCUCAGGUCAAAGGUUACCUUCCUGAGAUGGAGGAAGAAAGACCAUGGUAACAGCUGUAGAGCUGUAUGGAGUUGUCUCAUUUAUGUGAAUAUCAAACUUAUUUAAUAAAAUUACCUUUAAUGA